CGGCAGGGCGGAGGCGGCGUUGGAGAAUCGGGGGCCGCAGGGCCCCCGGCAUGGAGGAGGCGGCGGCGGCCGCGGCGCUCCCGAGGCGGCGGCAGCGGGAGCGAGGGAAUGGUACCUGACUUGAGCAACGCGGGCGGAUGCUGAGCCGUGGCCGUAAAAUUCCCAAAUUUAGGAUCGCAGGCAGCUGCAGAAGUGAGAUAUCCUUAUAAAAGAGGUGAGUGCUGUGCCUGCUGAACUUCCCGGGACCCGCCAGCCAUGCCAGGGAUUGUCGUGUUCCGCCGGCGCUGGUCUGUGGGCAGCGAUGACCUGGUUCUGCCAGCCGUCUUCCUCUUCCUUCUUCACACCACCUGGUUUGUGAUUCUCUCGGUGGUGCUCUUCGGGCUGGUGUACAAUCCCAACGAGACGUGCUCCCUGAACCUGGUGGACCACGGCCGGGGCUACCUGGGAAUCCUGCUGAGCUGCAUGAUCGCCGAGCUGGCCAUCAUCUGGCUCAGCAUGCGCGGGAGCAUCCUGUACACGGAGCCGCGGGAUUCCAUGCAGUACGUCCUCUAUGUCCGACUGGCGAUCCUGGUGAUUGAGUUCGUGUACGCCAUCGUGGGCAUCGUGUGGCUGACACAGUACUACACCUCCUGCAACGACAUCACAGCCAAGAGUGUCACCCUGGGAAUGGUGGUGUGCAACUGGGUGGUGAUCCUGAGUGUGUGCAUCACUGUGCUGUGUGUCUUUGAUCCCACGGGACGCACCUUCGUCAAGCUCCGUGCCACCAAACGCCGGCAGCGCAACCUAAGGACCUACAACCUCAGACACCGCCUGGAAGAGGGACAAGCCAGCAGCUGGACACGCAGGCUCAAAGUGUUCCUUUGCUGCACACGGACAAAGGACUCCCAGUCGGACGCCUACUCCGAGAUCGCCUACCUUUUUGCGGAAUUUUUCCGGGACCUGGACAUCGUCCCCUCUGACAUCAUCGCGGGGCUGGUUCUCCUGCGGCAGCGGCAGCGGGCCAAGCGCAACGCCGUGCUGGAUGAGGCAAACAAUGACAUUUUAGCUUUCCUGUCUGGAAUGCCAGUGACCAGGAACACCAAAUAUCUGGAUCUGAAGAAUGCGCAAGAGAUGCAGCGGUACCGGGAGGUGUGUUACUACAUGCUCUUCGCCUUGGCUGCCUAUGGAUGGCCCAUUUACCUCAUGAGGAAGCCCACAUGUGGACUCUGCCGCCUGGCCAGAUCCUGCUCCAGAUGUUGCUGCCUGUGCCCGUCGCGCCCACGCUACGCGCCCGGCGUCACCAUCGAGGAGGACAAUUGCUGUGGCUGCAACGCCAUCGCCAUCCGGCGCCACUUCCUGGACGAGAACAUGACCUCCGUGGACAUCGUCUACACUUCCUGCCACGAUGCUGUUUAUGAAACCCCUUUCUAUGUGGCUGUGGACCAUGACAAGAAGAAGGUGGUCAUCAGCAUCCGGGGAACUCUGUCCCCAAAAGAUGCCCUGACGGAUCUGACGGGGGACGCAGAGCGCCUGCCGGUUGAGGGACACCAUGGAACGUGGCUGGGACACAAGGGAAUGGUGCUGUCUGCUGAGUACAUCAAGAAGAAGCUGGAGCAGGAGAUGGUGCUGUCCCAAGCUUUUGGACGGGAUUUGGGAAGAGGAACAAAACACUACGGCCUGAUUGUGGUUGGGCAUUCCCUUGGCGCUGGCACAGCUGCCAUCCUGUCCUUCCUGCUGCGUCCCCAGUAUCCAUCCCUGAAGUGCUUUGCUUAUUCCCCUCCAGGUGGGCUGCUCAGUGAGGAUGCCAUGGAGUAUUCCAAGGAGUUUGUGACUGCGGUGGUGCUUGGCAAAGAUCUGGUACCCAGGAUUGGGCUCUCUCAGCUGGAGGGAUUUCGCCGGCAGCUUCUGGAUGUUCUCCAAAGAAGCACCAAACCAAAGUGGCGGAUCAUUGUGGGGGCUACCAAGUGCAUUCCCAAAUCCGAGCUUCCCGAGGAGCCAGAGGAGAACUCGGUGACAAGCAACCGGCUCUGGACACAUCCCAGUGACCUGACCAUCGCCCUGAGUGCCAGCACCCCCCUGUACCCCCCGGGCCGCAUCAUCCACGUGGUGCACAACCACCCUGCUGAGCAGUGCUGCUGCUGUGAGCAGGAGGAUCCCACCUACUUUGCCAUCUGGGGGGACAACAAGGCCUUCAACGAGGUGAUCAUCUCCCCGGCCAUGCUGCACGAACACCUCCCCUACGUGGUCAUGGAAGGGCUCAACAAGGUCUUGGAGAACUACAACAAGGGGAAAACAGCUCUGCUUUCCGCAGCCAAAGUGAUGGUGAGUCCUACGGAAGUGGAUCUCACCCCGGAGCUGAUAUUCCAGAGCCAGCCCUUGCCCAGCUGCCCCUCUGUGCAGAUCGGAACUGGAGCCAUCCCAGUGGACAGAAGGAACAGCAGUACCAAGAGCAAAUCCCAUUCGGAAAUCAGCCUGGAGGGAUUCUAUGAGACAAAGCCACUUUCUCCUGUGCAGAAGGACCCCGUGGAGCUGCUUCUCCUGGACACUAAGGAACGCCUCUCCGUGGAGCUCCAGGACCGCCGCGCCCCUCUGGCCACCAUGGAGAGCCUCUCGGACAACGAAUCCAUCUACAGCUUCGAUUCCCGGCGCUCCUCCGGUUUCCGGAGCAUCCGGGGCUCCCCCAGCCUCCAUGCGGUCAUGGAGAAGGACGAGACGCACUGCUUUUAUAUAGACCCCGUUAUCCCUGAGGAAAACCCUUCCCUCAGCUCCCGGACAGAGCUGCUGGCUGCUGACAGCCUCUCCAAGCAUUCCCAGGAGACGCAGCCCCCGGAAAACGUCCUCAACAGCGGUGGCACCACCCCCCAGCGCCGCUGCAGCGCCGAGGGCACCGGGAGCGACGGGGAGCGCACGUCCUCGUCCCCUCGGGAAGAGCCGCCGCUCCACAACGGCCGCCUGGCCGACGUUCCCAGUCCCCAGGUGCUGGAAUUUGCAGAGUUCAUCGACAGCCUCUUCAACUUGGACAGUAAAAGCAGCUCCUUCCAGGACAUUUACUGCAUGAUGGUGUCGGACAGUUCCAGCGACUUUGCGGAGAUGCCCAAAUCCGUCAGCGACCAGGAGAUCCUGCUGAGGGCGCAGUACGAGCCUAACUUAGUCCCAAAGCCCCCGAGGUUGUUUGCGGGCUCGACGGAUCCCUCGUCGGGAAUCUCCGUGUCACCCUCCUUCCCCCUUAGCUCAUCCGGAGAACUCAUGGAUAUCACUCCCACGGGUGUGAGCAGCCAGGAGUGCCUGGCCACAGACAAAAUCCGGACUUCCACCCCCUCCGGACACGUAACCAGCCCUGCCAAGCAGGACGACCUCAUGAUUUCGGCCCUUUAGUGCAGGGGAAAGGGGUGGAAUGAUCCCAGUGGGAUAAUCCAUGGAGGCGGCUGUCAUCGGGCAGUUGGGAUCAGAGGAGACAGCUGGAAAAAUCCUUUCUGGGGUGACCCAGUGGUGGUGUCUGGAGGAUGGAUUGUGCUGGAAUCCUGUGCUUGGAGCUGGGAGAAGCUUUGCCCCAUGGGGCUUGAGAGGGUCUGAGGCACUAAAGUUCCCUACCUCAGCCUGUCUCAUUCCAGAGGCAGAUUCCUUGCCCUGGGGCACCUGCUGAGUUUGGGAGUGAGAUACCUGGAUAGAUGGAAGCAGGAGGGAGCCAGGCCAGAUCCCUCUCCUCGGGACCGAGCCAGUGGUUUUGGGAAAUGAGCGGAUUGAGACUUUGGGCCCUGUUGCACUACCACGGAUCCGGCCCAAGAUCCAAUUCGGCACACUUCCAUGGGGAUUGCUUUUGUAGGACACUCCCGUUUUAAAGCCAUUGGGGCUGUAUUCCCCCCAAAUCCAGUCUCCCCUUCCUGGCCAGGCACAGCAGGAAUGGGGCUGGCACCAUGGUUUCUCUCCCCCGAGCACUCCUGAGAGGGAAGGACGCUGUUCCCAAGAGCCCAAUCACUCUGCAUUUGGCAGAAAGUUCUCCUGGAUAUCACCCCCAUCACUCCUCAGUUCCCUGGACCCCUCCAAGCUGGCGACAUUCCUGUGGGACUGCCAGGAUUCUCAUCUCAGAGCUGCAUGGAUGUGGAUGGAUCAGCUGCAAAAUGUACCUGGCAUUAUUUUCCAGGCCCCUGUGGAGUCUGGGAGUCUCUCCUGGAUCCCUGGGGGUCCUCACACCACCCAUAUGCAGCAUCCGUGGAUCAGUGCCAGCCUCUGUCAUUGGGAAUUCAGGGAAAAGAUGGACUUUUCCCCAGUAUUGCAAUCUCUUGUAUGUUUACAGAGCUGCUGAGCUGGUUGGAAGGUAUUUAUUAAGGAAAUAGGGAGACUUUCCCAAAGGAAAAUCCAUGGUCAUCCUCUCCUUCCUGUGCUGUUCCCUCUGGGGACUGAGGGAAGAGAGGAUGGGCAGGCAGAAUUCCAAGCCCCCUGCUUCCCAAGUGGCUUGGAUUUGAGGGUAACCGCCUGCCCCCUCCCCACCUGCACAAUUCCAUGUAGGAAAGCUUGAGCAAGUUAGGAAAACUACCUGAGCCUCCGGGCCCAGAGGAGCCUGCUCUGCCUCUCCAGGCAGGUUUUCCAAUGAUGGUAGCAGGAGGAAAACUACCUAUUGUAGGAAAUGAAACGUUCUUGGGACCUGGAAAAGGCCUUGAAUUGCCACAACUCCCCCUCAAAGCUCAGCAGUUACUGAUGGCUCUCCCCGGAGCUCCAUCCUCCCUCCCUGGAAAAGAAAUUCCUGGUUUAACUUCCUUAGAAUCCUGUGGUUGCUCCCUUUUCCCCUCCUUAGCAGUGCUAUUUCCAUUGUGGCAGGAUGCUGUGCUUUCCAGGAGCUCAGCUCCUGGCAAAUCCCGGGCUUCCUGUUCUCCGUGUGGGCUGUGGAAGCGCCGGGAUGGGCCAGGGCUGUGCUUCCUGGGAGCCAGUGGGAUCCAGUGCCAUUGAGGAGCACUUUAUAACCGGUGUGCAUUGAUGUAAAUAAUCCUGGGUGCACGGAAUUCCACUGGAUUCUGAGUCCAGGUGCUGAUAUCCCACUCCAUCCAGCGUGGGAUGCUGCAGCCCCUGCUCCUUACCUGUUUCAGAGCUUUCAGAAGUGCUUCAAGCGGCCAGGAAAACAUUAUCCCUGUGGUUUAAGGUUCCAAAGGUGACCUUUCCCUGAGUGGAAUCAGAGGGAGGAAGCCCCUCUGGAUUCAGAGGAAUUCGGAGAAGGAAAAAUCCUUUUAUUCUGAGCAACCAGAAGUUCUUUUUGUUUUUGUAGGUCCUUAAAAAAGGAGCAGGGAGCAUGUGGUUUGGGAGCACAGGGUAAGGAGGAAUUCCUGCACUCAGGAAACACUACCGAGGUGAUUUUUCAGGAAUACGCACAAAAAUCUUGGAAGGUUUGAGGGGAAAAGGGGAGCUGAGGGGCAGGGAGGCCGGGGCUAGCAGGCUAGCUCCCCUUCUGGCCCAGGGGUUGGGAUAAGGAGCUCAUUCCUGCCCUUAAUCCCAGCAGGAAUUAACCCUUAGCACUAAGGCAGAGCUUGGGAUCUGCAAAGCACUUUAAAACACUAAGGAAAAGGAUCAUCUCUGUCCCUGGGAGCGACAUGGAUACCUGGGAUUAGAUGGAACUACUGGUGGGAGGUGCCUCCAGGUGAGGAAAAGUGGGAUAUCUCCCUCCUAAAAUGAUUCCAGUGGGAACCUGCUGAUGUUCCAUGACUCAAAUGUUGCACUAGAAAGUCCCUUCCUUCCCUGAACGUGUCCUGGAAGACUCAGUCCUGGGGUGACUGUUUCCUUCUUUGUGCCAUUGGAACUGUAUCCCAUAGGAAUGGCCUUCCCUUGCCCUGAGGGGAAGCAGUCUGGAAUGCUGCAGUUUUUUUGCUCUGUGAUUACUGGACUUUGGAAAACCUGGAAAUACAUAAUUCCUGGGAGGUGGGCUUGCCACAGGUCAAGGAGUAAAGGCACAAAAGAGCCCCUUGAAGGUUCUCAUUGUAUCCUGUCAUGGAUAAUUGCUGGUUUUUGUUGACAAACAGACCUGAUCCCAGUCCUCCCAAAUGAAAUCCAUGUUCUUGAAAUUAAUUCUGCUUUAAAUGUCUCCGUGUCUUGAUCCCCAUUACUGUGUCUUGAUCCCCAGCAUUCUGUGUCUCCAUUCCCGUCACUCCUUUGCUAUCUGGGCAUUUGGAAAGGCUGAUCUCCCAUAUCCUCCUGGGAAAGCACACCUGGAAUGCUGAAAUACAUGUUAAAGCUGCAGCUACCUCCUUCAUCUGUACUGUACACCCUUCCUGCUUUCUCUUCCUGCUCUCUCUUUGGGAAUACGAAGCAUCUCCAGUUUUCCAAAUCUUCUGGCUUCUGCUUCUUCCUCUUCAGCUUUGUGCCUUCUGAUCUUCGAAUAUUCCCAUGAUACUCCAACAGGAUGUUCCACCCUCUGCAGAGACAGUGCUGGAAGUGCCUGACACCCCAGAUCCCAGACCGACCAACAAGUCACCCAUUCCAUGCCUCAUCCUUAAAUCCAUUCUGGUCCUUCUUCCUUGGACUGAGUGACCUUUAAAGGUCCUUUCCAACACUGCUGAGUGUUGGUAUUCCAAGAGUUUCUUGGCAGAGGAAUGGAGCUGAGGCUCUUCUGCACCAGUAAAUUGAUUUUAUUGUUGCUUUCAUUGCAGCAGUGCCAAAAAUGUGGGAAGGAUCCUGCAGUGCUGAGGGUAUACCAGCUCUUUUCCAAUAUCUAUCAUUACUUCUUCUCUAUUGGGGCUGCCUUCUCCAUUUGGAAUAUUCAUUUCCUCCUAAAACUUCCCUCUUCUUUGCUCCUUGUUCUUCUCACCUAUUUCAGGAGCCACCUUAUCCCUCCCUUCUCUCAGGGUGCUAGUAGCUUGUUCCACAUCCUUGGUAGCACAUGGGAAACAUGGGAAAACUAUUCCAAAGCAGUUAAAUGAGAUUCUUGGAACAUUUUAGGAACCUUUUUCCAAAGCAAACAGAAUUUGUGGGAGGUAUUUUGGUCUCUGCAGAGGGCUGGGAUGGCAGAGGGUGAGGAGUGUGGUUAUAGAAUUCCAGUGAUUCCCAGUUCUAUUCUUUUAGGAUGUUGGAUUCCAGGAAUAGUUGAUGGUCCCAUGCAGGAUUAAAGUGGGAAUUCUGUUUCCAAGGGCACAUAAGAAGGAGGAAAAGCUCCAAGCGUGGGGAUACAGGAUGAAUAUCUAACACAUUCUCCAUGCACUUUGAUGUUUUCCCAGCUUUUGCUGCUCUUUUCCUGCAGGCAGAUAAUAUUAUUUCCAUGGACUCGCCCACACAGCUUUCAUUUACAAAUUGGGACAUAGGAAUAAUCAGGAUUACUCCUGGCAAUGGGAAUUAGGUGGGAUUAAUUAUUGCUGGAAUGGGUGUGUUUGGAUUUGUGUUUUGAGGCUGUAUCCACGAGCCUCCAUUGGGCAGCAGAGCCCUUCUGUAUUUGCCUUGGGAACUGCUGGGCUGGAGCUCCCCUCCAUGCUGGGUUUAUCCUUAUCCAUUCUGGGAUAUUCUUCCCUUGGCAGUAGGACAUUCUGGCUUUGCAGGAUGGGAGCAGGAAUAUUUAAUUACAGUGGGUUUAGGGAUAGUGGUUGUAACUGCACCUUUGAGUAACAUUGCCAAGGGAGGUGUGGAUUCUUCGUUCCUGGAAAUAUUCCAGGCCAGGUUGGAUAAAGCUUGGAACAACCUGGGCUAGGGAAAGAUGUUCCUGCCCAUGGCAGCAGGUGGGAGCUUCCAAAUGAUUCUGGAAUUCUGUGAUUCCCUGCUUGUAGUUUUACGGUGCUGCAGGAAAGGGAAGGUUGGAAUUCCAGCAGCACCUCUGCAUGGAUUGCUCUGCUGAGAAAUUCCUCUGAAGGAAGCAGUUGGAAAGCACUGUGUGGAACUGGACUCAUUGCUUUGUUCCCAGAGCCUGUGCAGUGCUGAUUUUUGGGAAGAGCUGCUGGAUUUUGGGAAGAGCCUCAUUUCUUGUGCCAAAGCUCCCUCUCAUGGCUCCUGCGUGGAAGAAGCAAUGCUGCAUGGAUCCUGCUGGAGGCAAACACUGCCCAUCCUUGGCAGCUGUGGGAAGAAGGAGAGGAGGGAAUAUUGCAGCUGGAAGCUGGGAUUCAGUCUGGGAGUCCUUUGCUCUCCAGUUGAAUCCCCAGGGGAAUUAUGGAUGGAGAGAGGGAUGGGAAGGGGGCUGAAUCAGCAGUCACUGAUGUCCUUCCCCUUCUUCUAGCUCCAAGGAGCUGCUUAAGGGCUGGAAAUUCCAAAUAGCCAAGGAUUAAGGCAAUUCCUUGCUUUGUCAUAGGGAAUCAUCAUGAGCCUCCAAAUGCUUUGCUGUCUCCAUUCCCAUUGUUUUUUCCAUGUUUCUUGAGUUCAUACCUCUUGUGCCUUUGUUCUCCCUAGCUUCAGGUCCCAAUUUCUGGGAUCAGACAUUUCCCACCUUACUUUCCCACUUCUCUGGGAGUAUGGAAGUGUGGCCAAGGCCUGGUAGGAGCUGCCCUUGCUCCCGAGGUCUCCUGUUCUGCCUCAGCCAGGACUUCCCACAUCUUCUCACUUUUCCCUGCUGCCUGGGGUCGUAUCCAAGUGCCAAAAGCAAAUCUUGACCUGAGGCAGGCAAUUUCCUGCAGCCCACACCAAGUUUCUCCCUGGCUCUGGAGCAGCCCCCUUCCAAAGGUAAGCUCCCUGGGAAUUUUUCCUGCUUUCCUUGUUGUCUCCAGUCCUUCUGACAUCACAGUGUCACACCAUGCUGCGUGCCCUGACUUUCCCACCUUCCCAGUGUACACCUAUGGGAUGAGGAGAACCUGUCCCUGUCUUGACCUCUUGAUUCCUGAAAAUCCUUGCAGCACAGGAACAAGCCUUGAUGUUGGUUUUAAUUUGGAUUCCACUUCCCUGCUUCCCAUCCCGGGCUUUGUGCAGUUCCGAUGGCUCAGAGUUGGAAAUCCCAGCUGGGGGUGGCAUGGACCUGUCCUGCUGGGAUAUCCACUUUUGGGAAGUUUGUCCUAGGACACUGCCACACCCUUUGGGUCCUAACUCCUUUCCUGGGAUGUCCCCAGCGCUUGGUGGUGGCAAAGUGGCCUCACCUGCAGCUCCAGCUUCCCACCUUUCCACAAGUCCAGGGGAUACUCUUGACCUCCUGUCCUGGCGCUAAGUGGAAUUCCUAAUGGCACAGGGAUAUUUGGGAAUGGGCUGUGCCUCCCUGUCUGGAAUGUUGAGCCCUGUGAGCCUCUUUCCUUUGGCUCUGCCUCUCUGGAAAAGCCCUUCCUGCCUGUCACCUGUGUUCCAUCUCGUGCUGGGGCAGCUCAGAGCAGGAUACCUCUGGAUUCAUUUCCUGCUGGAUCCCAAUUGCCUCCUUAGAUCUGAAACCUUUGGUAUUUUUGGGAGAAGCAGCCCUUCCAGGGAGCUCUGAGGCACUCCCACUGCUUCUGGCAGGGCUCGGAGCACUUGGAUAUGCAACUGGGGGGGAAAACAGCCCAGCAUCCUGCGUCCCCGUGCUCAUCCUGGGAAUGCUGCCCUCUGAAUCCCUGCUCCGAGCUGCCCCAGCAUGAAGAUUCCAAGGAAACUCAAGCACUCCUCAUGUGCCCUUCAUUCUCCAUGUGACUUUUUUGUACCUCUGUACGAAAGAUCUGAACUAAUCCCGCUGUAAAGAAAGAUCCGGAUGAAUUAUAACCUAAUUCCAGAAAUAUGGAUGUAUAUAAAUUUUCUGUAUAUUCUAUGGCACUCUGUAUAAAAUGGAUGUUGGAAGCAUGGCUGGAGUACGUGACUGUUCCCAAGGAUGUCCUGGACAUGGAUGGUUGGGAAUUGCCUGAGGUUUCUGCCUUAAAGGGUGGUGAGUGAGUUGGGAGAGGUGGGAAGGGCACCAGGAAUUGGGUGUACGGCUUUUGGGAAGGAUCCAGGAAAUCACUGGGGGUUGGUUGUUUCUUCUCCAGCUCUUUCUGCUCUGGAUCUCAGCCUUUGGAGUGGGAAAACACUUGGGGGAACAUGCAGAGCUUGUGGAUUUGCCAUCCCCUGGCCAGGUUGGAGCAGGGUGGAAGUUGUCUUGGAAGUAGUAGGAGAUGUCCCUGCUCAUGGCAGGGAUGAAACUGGAUCUUUAAGGUCCCUUCCCACCCAAACCAGUCCAGUAUUCCACGAUCCCUGUCCCUUGAGAUGAGUUCUAGGAAUCUCUCCUUCUGUGGAGAAGGAAAUAAAGGAAGGAACUGGAUGAUUUGAGUUAUUCCAAGUUCAACCUGUUCUAUAAAAAGAAGGAUUUUAGGGCAAACAGGGAAUUUUUUGGGAGUGGAUGGAAAUGACGGGGAUAGAAGAGGAGCAUGUGUGCUCUCAGUCAAGGAUAUAUCCCAAAUAUUCAAUUUAUUGGAUAUUCCUGCCUGAACAGUGUGGCAAUCUCCCCUUUGGAUGAACAAGAAGGUGCUGGGAUCCUUCUGUGAGCUGGGUGAGUCCAAACUGGGAUUUUCCCAGUGUCCUGCAGGACACGGCUCUGGAGUUGUAAGGCAGGAUUCUCACUGCCUGAGGGCUGUUCCCAGCUGAAUAAUUCCACAUAAUUCAUAUUCUGGAAAAGGGAAAAGAUGCACUUAUGGCUUACAGGGUCGGGGAAU